UGCUCCAACUUGCAAUGUUGUUACGAACAGUUCACUUCUCACAUUUCUCAUUUUCAAUCGGAAGAUUACGCAGCAUCAUGAGUAAACGAAAAGCGCCGGCCCUCGAAGAUUCGAAUAACGGGCGGAUAUCCGAGUUUUUAUUCGAAUUAUCGAAUUUCGAAAAGAACGUCAGUCGCGACAAUCAUCGAGCUUCGGCUUAUCGGAAGGCCGCCCAAGCCAUUGCUUCACACGAGGUGGAAAUCAAGUCCGGAGAUCAAGCCAAGGCCAUCAAGGGCGUGGGCAAAAAGAUCGCCGAGAAGAUUGACGAGUUCUUGUCCACGGGUAAAUUGCGAAAGCUAGAAAAAAUCCGAGCCAAUGACACCAACGAAGCGCUGAAUUUACUCACCCGCGUCUCAGGCAUUGGACCGGCGAAAGCUCGAGAAUUGGUGGAUGUCGGGAUCAAUUGCAUCGAGGACCUGCGUCUACACGAGGAUAAAUUGACGGCUGGGCAAAAGAUUGGGCUCAAACAUUUCGAAGACUUUGAGAAACGCAUCCCUCGGGCUGAGAUUGAACGAGUCGAGCAGUUAUUGAAGGAUUUUUUGAAUAGAUUAGACUCCCAGUUCGUAUCCACCAUUUGCGGGAGUUACCGAAGAGGGUUGGCCACGAGUGGCGAUAUCGAUGUCCUUCUCACUCAUGAAUGUUACACGUCAGACAAAUCGAGUAAAAGUCAUGGACAUAUGUUGAAGAAUGUCGUGGAGGAGUUGAAGAAAUCCGGCUUGAUCACGGACACGAUCUCGUUAGGCGACGCUAAGUUUAUGGGCGUGUGUCAGUUGGAGGAUUCUACUCCAUUCAGGCGGUUGGAUAUCCGGUUGCUACCCGUGGAUCAGUUCUUUUGCGGGGUGUUGUAUUUCACGGGGAGCGAUCUCUUCAAUAAGAACAUGCGGGCUCACGCCUUGGACAUGGGGUUUACCCUCAAUGAAUACACCCUGAGGCCGAUUGAUGUGGCACACGUGGCAGAGGCACCCCUCCCGAUUUCAUCGGAAGAAGAUAUAUUUGAUUAUAUCAGCUAUGAUUACAAAGAACCCGCCGAGCGGACUCAUUAGGCAAGAAUAAUUGCAAAAAAUACUGAAGAAGUUAAGGCGAGUUUUAAACAAUUUCCUCUUGAAGUUGCCUUUGUGGCACCACACCACAUGACGAUUGAUACAAUAUUAGGCUAAAAAAGAUGGGCUCGCCAUGAAAGCUCUUGCACUGUUUCGUAUUCAUAAGUACAAAACUCAGCCGUUAACACGCAUUUUUUAUAAUCAUAAAGCAUGCCUCCAAGAUCUCUAAUAAGUCAAGGACGGCGUAAUCAUUGGAUGGGCAGAGUGAAUAUUCGCUCCAUUGGUUAACUGAUGAGCGGUGACUUCGUGCCUGGAUAAGUCAAAUCUCUAUCUGUCUUGAAAUAAACAUUUUUAGGGUUCUA